UGGCGAGUGACUAGUUAGAAGUGCUUGUGGCAAGUCUCCGCCCCCAGAUUCCCCCUGCAAGGGGACGAUGCAAAGGUAGAAGCACCUUGCUUCUCAGCAUCUGAACUUGGAAGGGGCUGCGGCUGCCUGAGGCCACCGGUUCCCAAACCAGAGGACCGGCCGGCCGCUCUCCAUGGUACUGCGGAGAGCUCAGCUCCGCCCUUCUCUUUCAGAAGGACAGCACCCGGCGUCACGUAACCCAGCCUUCUCGGGCUUCACCACCGCCUCUUCCUUCCCCUUUUCCCUCUCCUCCUCCUCCUCCUGCUCCCCCUGCUGCUCCCCUCCGUUGCAUGUUCUUCCCUUCCGCACUCUUGGAGAUAGACGCUCAAGCCUGACGCCUCGGAAAAAAGGCAGCAGCAGUCGCCUUAUCCUUAGACCUCAGGAAAUUCGCUUUGACCGAUGCAUGCUUCAAGCUCUGGCUGGAGCUAAGGGGAAUAACCAGGCAGAUUUUUGGGUCCUUAUAAAAAGACAAUAAAAUCAAAAUGCAUCAGCAACAUACAACCAAUUGACAUGCGAGCAUCUUAGUGUGGCCUUGCAGAGGGAGAAAAUCGGAGAGCUGUUGGGAUUUGACUUCACCAUCUAACAGCUUCUGGCUGUUUCACAACAGGGUUUGAGUCCUACUGACAGGGCUGGUCAACAUAACGUGAAAUCAGCCCAGGAAGACAUGCACAAGAAAUUUGGCCUUGACUUCAGUGGUGCUGGAAACCUGUGAUAUGGCAGAAGAAGCAGGCCUCUGAAGCUGUUCUGGUGUCCCUCGUAUCCGUUCUUCCUUUGUUCUUGGGGCCAACGCCUGGAGGGUCCUCAAGGCUUCCCAAGAGCCAAAGACACUGGCGUACUGUUGGCUUCCCGUCAGUCCCUGAGAAGUACGAGUUGCCUUCUGACUCUCUUUCCUUCUGCGGGCACCACCCGUGACACAUUGCAGGUGUUGUUCCUGGAAGAGUGAAGUGUUGGUUGGAGCCACAGAUGCUCUCACUUGACAUCAUUGGAUGCAAAUGGAUCAGUGAUCUUUGAGCCUCGGUGGCCGUCUUUUUCAGAAGGUUGCCUCCAAAGUGUCUCCUCCCUUUGGCCUGGAAGUUCUGUGGCUACCCUGUACCACUGGGGUCUCCGCUUUCCAGUUGGAAGGGGACUACUGGGAGCGAGGAAGGGGCUGCUGGAAGAGAAGAAGAAGAAAAAAAGAGCUAAAGGAGGGCGCGCCCCUCCCACGCCCACCUGCCCCCUCCCUCCCACUCCUCUACGGACCCCCAUUUCUCCGUGACGGUGUCCAGGACCGUUUCGACCCUGUCGCCCCCGGCUCCCCCCCGCCGCACCCCAGCCCCGAGCAUGGGGUCGGCGCUGGUCCAGCGCGGGGGCUGCUUUCUCCUAUGCCUGUCGUUGCUGCUGCUGGGCUGCUGGGCCGAGCUGGGCAGCGGGCUGGAGUUCCCGGGUGCCGAGGGUCAGUGGACGCGCUUCCCCAAGUGGAACGCCUGCUGCGAGAGCGAGAUGAGCUUCCAGCUGAAGACGCGCAGCGCCCGCGGCCUCGUGCUCUACUUCGACGACGAGGGCUUCUGCGACUUCCUGGAGCUCAUCCUGACCCGGGGCGGGCGCCUGCAGCUCAGCUUCUCCAUCUUCUGCGCCGAGCCGGCCACGCUGCUGGCGGACACGCCGGUCAACGACGGGGCGUGGCACAGCGUGCGCAUCCGCCGCCAGUUCCGCAACACCACGCUCUACAUCGACCAGGCCGAGGCCAAGUGGGUGGAGGUCAAGUCCAAGCGCAGGGACAUGACGGUCUUCAGCGGGCUCUUCGUCGGGGGGCUGCCCCCCGAACUGCGAGCCGCGGCGCUCAAGCUCACCCUGGCCUCGGUGAGGGAGCGCGAGCCCUUCAAGGGCUGGAUCCGCGACGUCAGGGUCAACUCGUCACAGGCGCUGCCCGUGGACAGCGGCGAGGUCAAGCUGGACGACGAGCCGCCCAACAGCGGCGGGGGGAGCCCGUGCGAGGCGGGCGACGAGGGCGAGGGCGGCGUGUGCCUCAACGGAGGCGUCUGCUCCGUGGUCGACGACCAGGCCGUGUGCGACUGCUCGAGGACCGGCUUCCGCGGCAAGGACUGCAGCCAAGAAGACAACAAUGUGGAAGGUCUGGCGCACCUGAUGAUGGGCGACCAAGAACUGGGAAACAGCAGAACUUUAAACAUCCACUCGGUCCAGAUGGCCAGCAGAGGAGCUCUCGGACUGCUCAGUGUUGCCUUUCACUUUAUCUUUAAUUUGAUGUCCAUCUGUUCAGUGUGCAGUUAACACUAGUCACUUUAAGAACAUGUGUUUGUUUGAUAUUUCUAUGACUUAAUUUGUAUCUCUUUAUGUUUAUAACUAGUAAAGUCUCAACUGUUUUCUACCUCUGUACUAUUGGGUUGGCAAAGAGAAAUACCCCAUGUCUUCAUAAAUUCUCUUCAUAGCCGUGUAUUUAAAAUACUGAUUAACUAAAUAAGAAUUUUAUUAGAUAUAUAGAAGAUUAACUUCUCUUCAUGGAACACAGAAGAAACUUUCCAUGCUAUAUGUGUAAAAAUAAAGUUGUGCAACUAGAAACUUUAUGUGUGCCUGAAAAAUGCUGCAAACAACAUUUAAUUUGUUGUUGUUAUUGUUUUGUUUUUCCAGACAGGUUUCCUCUGUGUAGUAGCUCUGGAUUUCCUAGAACUUUGUAGACCAGGCUGGCCUUGAACUCACAGGAAUCUACCUGCCUCUGCCUCCCCAGUGCUGGCAUUAAAGGCAUGUGCCACUACCACCUGUCUCACAUUUAAAUUUUAACAUAUAUAUUUAAAAAGAAUAUUCAUUUUCUAAAAUGAUUAUAUUAUUUAUUGAAUUGAAAAUCAAUUUUGUUCAUAUAAAUAUUUUUUAUCGGCUCUUUUAGGAUAGAGGGAAGUACUUUCUAAACAGUACAGCAGGUAGAUCAGUAGAUUUUAAAAUUACUUUAUAAACUAUAUAACUUUGUAUAAGAAAAACUAUAUAAUUUCUCAUACUAAUUAAUUCAUAUACACAUCUUUGAAUCUCAUUGAAUCUGUGGGCAGAAAACAUUAGGAAUCAACUUAAAAUGUAAUAGUAUUACUACAGUGUCAUAGGAGAGCUUGCUUACCAUGAAUGCAAACUGUGAAGACUAAGCUGAAAUAGUUGAUACAAAAUAAUGAGCUUUAUGCACACUUCAAAGAUUUUCUUCCAGUCAUUUACUAAUAAUUAUGAAACUGGUCUUUCCUUCAUUUUUGUGAGAUAAACUUAGAAGGAACCUGUUGCAAAACACUGUCCAGGAUCCAUGACAUCUCAUUUUCAAGUUUUCCAUCUAAGGGAGUAAAACCCAAUAUGGUUACCCGGAAGCAGUAUAAUGUGGUGGGUAAGAGUCAUGAAGUGCCCAGACCUGAAUACAGGCCCUAUAUUCAUUCUGUCCUGAUCUUGAAUAAGCUAUUUAACCUUUGACUCAGGCCUGUAACAAAUCACUCAGGAGAUUGAUACAGGAGGAUUACCAUGUGUUCCUGGUCAGCUAUACUAUAAAUCCUUGUCUCAAAUCAGUAAACCCACUAACUAAAAAAGAACAAUCCACAAAGUUUUAAGCUCAUGUAUCCAAAUUUUUAAAAUCUGUAAUAUGGGUUAAUAAAGUAACCCAUGCCUGAAGGUGAUGAGAGACUGCAAAUGUGCAUGAAAGAGUUUUUAUUCAAUAAUAGAAAAAGUUAUCUGAUCCAUUUGAAUUACAUGAUUUUUGAAAACGAAUGAUCCACAAUCUGCCCAAAGCUUAUCAAACAUCACACCCUUGUUUUACUAUCUUCAAUACCUUAUUACUAUUUAUGAUUCUGAGGUUAUUUUAGGUCAUAACCAACUGGAUUCAAGCAUCCCAAUGGCCUGUACUGCAGAGAGCACACAAACUAUAGACAGUUAGAAGCCUGUACCUCUCUGAUCCUCAGUGCUUGCUUAAUAAUGGGCUGGCAGAUUGGAAAGACAGUUUCUAAAAUUCCAUUUUAAAUUUAUUUGUAAAUGAUUUCUGGUGUCUCAUAGGAGGCUGAUUUUCAAUGGUCUCCCUCCCUCCCUCCCUCCCUCCCUCCCUCCCUCCCUCCGUCUUUCUCCUUCCCAUCCCGUCUUCCCUUUCCCCUUCUUCCUUUCUUCCCUUUCCUUUCUAUCUGCUCCAAGACAAGUAUUCCUAAGAGCCAAAAAUCCAAUAAAAGCAAAGGUCUUCUCAUAGGCCUAGUGGGAUGCAGGGAACUCAAGGGACCUUUGAUCUUCCUGUUCCCUGUUUCAUCUAGGAGGACUUUGGGAAUUUAUUGGGGACUUGAAAGCCUUCCCUAUAACAGUGAUGAUCAAAGAUUUACUUUGAAAUUCUCUUGCUAAUUUGUUUUAAAUGUAGUGCUCUAAGCCUGCAAGGCUUCCUUGUACAUCCCCAUGACUGCAUAGGUAACAGAAGUGGUUGUGGAAGUAUAUAGUUUCUAAAAACUUUGCUUCUUUGUGGUCUUUUAAGCAAAUGUUUUUGGAUAAUUUAUGGCAGGGGGAGAGUUUGAAGAAUGAAGUUGAUCACUUACUUUGUUUUCAAGUAUCUUAGGCUGUGCUUUCCCACAAAAAGAAAUAAGAUUCCUUAUUCUCAGGUUAGCUACCCAUACCUCAAGGCAUUCAGCUUUACCAAGCCUAGAGAUGAAUAGUUAUCCAUGUUAAUCUGGAUGAUUGAUAAGGAGUAAAGAUCUGCAGCUAUCAAAGUUCAGAUAUAGAACCAGAAUCGAUGGACAAUUAAUAGUCUGGAACCCUCAGACUAAAAACAUGAACAAAGCUACCGAGCUUAAGACCAUUAUUUAAAAUAAAUGUUGAACUUUUGUCCUUUUUGGAAAGAAGAAAAGGGAGCUGGAGAAAGAAGAAGGGUAGUGGGAGAAGAAGGGAAGGACAAAGAGUGAGAGAAAGCAGGAAAAGAGGCGGGGGAGGGAGGAGAGAGUUUUUCUUCAGCAUUUGUCCUGGCUAUUGAGUCAGCAUUAGUGUGGACCGCACACUGUUAUGCAGACUGUAACAACCCUGCUGUGCAGAAUGGAAUGGAUGCUUUAUUCACCUCAAGAGGUGGAACCACACUGAUACUACUGCUUUCCAUGAUAAGGCUCUUCACCUUCAGUUUUUACUUACUUAUAGAAAAGGCCUCUUACACAUACCAAACAAAGUCCUUCUUUUCCUAUUGGUUUGUUUACAUUUGAAGUGUAUAGGACAGCCAUACAGAAUUGACAAAGCUGAAGGUCUGGGAGCCAUCUCUAUUUACUUUCAGCCAAGUGAGAUUUAGGAUGUUCCUAGAGCUAUGAAUCAAGACUGUUUUCUUUUUCAUUGUACAAUCAUUUUGUUAUAUGACUCAGAUAUAGUCCAUGAAAUUAUGUCACCAAGGCCAUGAAUUAGAUCAUUCAGAAAACCAAAACAGCUUCUUGUUACAUACUAUUUAAAAGCCAUAUUUUAUUUAAUAUUUCUUGAGAGAGUUACACGGUCAGUUGACCCAGUUUCCCAUUUGAUUUUCUAUAGUAGGCAUUUUAAAGACAUUUGGAGAAAAUUUAAUUAUCCACUUAAGGAAACCACCAAAUUUAGAAUGGGCUAGCAUGCUGCUAGAGGGAUGGAAAUCCCUAAAUUGGUCAAUUGUGAUUCCCUUUGGCAGGGAAGCCCUAGAAUACAAGCUAGUUGUUGGCUUUUCAAACAUCCCUAGUAGCAAAUUCUGCCAGAAAUCUGCAAGUGUUAGUGAGCAGCUAAGGAUGUUGAUGCUGUGCUGACCUAAAAUAAUUUUGGUGGCCUGUUAUGACUGUCUUUCAAGUGAUUGUUCAUGAAAUAAAAGAAUAUAUACCUGACCCACAGUCAAAGGCACCUGCAUUUCCAAUUGUUUGCCCAGCAGUUGGGUUUAUGUUGACCCACUGUACUUUCUGUGCCUGGAGACAUUUUCUCCCAUGGAAUUAAUAAUGCAAUAUUCAGUUCAAUAGAGGGAUAGAGAAGCCAGCAAGCGGUCCACAAAGAACUCCCACUCUCUCGAGCUGAUUGAUGUGAGUACUAUUCCUUUUGAUUGUUGUCCUAUCAUUAUGUCUAGGAGGAAUGUCAAUGACCUUUUAGGCUAAGCCCCAUUGUACCUUUUCCUCAACUAAUUGAAAUAUCACAUGCUUUAGUCAAAGGAAAUAACCUGUUCCGAGGACCAGUCUUUAAGCGAAGCACUCAAAUAUUUCUCUUCACUGUUAGGACAUAUGAACAGUUGUUCACACAUCACUGCAACCAUGACACCAUCUCCUUUGUUCUGCCUCAGUAGGCCUUAGAAAGACUGUCCAACACACAUAGGCACAUAGUCAGGCGAGGCAUAUUUUUAAAUACAAAAAUUUUCAAGGAAUCUAAGAGAGAGUUUUGUUUAACAGGUUCAUGGCAGUUUGGAAUUCUGUACUUAAAACAAAACAAAGUAAACAAAAUACCAGCCUUCCUUCUAAGAAGAUGCAAAGCACAAAUUAACCACUACCAAGUUCACUGAAUGGAAUUUGCAUUCCAUAUGCUAGAUAUUUGAACUUCAUGCUGGCAAGGUCUUGUUAGUUGUUUUUGGUACAGUAACAUAUUUACUUUAGGUCACUCCAUACCGCUUCUAAGUUGAGUUUUCUCGCUGCUGAAAAGAAUAACCAUUUACUUUAAGAGAACUUCUACUGAGAAAGAUGUGGUUAGUCAAUUGUGCUUGACUCCUGCAAUAAAAUAGUUGUUUCUCCUCUAGUUAAGAGGUCAUUCAACUUUUUAAAGCCUUGCUGUAGUGGUCAUUAAAUUACUCGUGAUGUGUGAUUCAGACUGUGUUUUAAGAAAACAUAGUAAAUUGAAUACAUCACAACUUUUGAACUUUUAAAAUGAUGCCUGCUCAUGGAUUCCCCACAAUACAUUGAUAAUCAGUUUCAACAGUAAAAUCUGAUAAAGAGAUCUGACAGAAAAAGGCUGAAUAAGAAAUACUGAGCCAACAUAAAAUAUGUCAUAAAUACAUCUGUGUGGCUUUAGUCAGGUUAUUUGGCCUUUAAUCCUAUUAUCCAUGUUUGUAAAUUUCAGGCAAAACUACUUGUUUUAUUGUAGGUAUGAAAUUAAAGAAAGACAAAGUAUGUAUUUCUGUAGAAUGGUGAGUGUUCACCUGAAGACCAUAUGGAGAAUUAGAUGUCUAUUGGUGAUUAAAAGAAAAUAAAGUCGUUUUUCAAGGAAAAUCAAAAACGUUUCGAACCACAUACAGGAAAGAUAAAUGCAAACAGAAUCUUAUUCUGAGUAUGCAUACUUUUAAAGAUCAGUGAGUCUUAGAUGUUGAGAAAUGAAGUGAGAUGAAAGGGACUAUAAGAAGUAAUAUCACACACACACACACACACACACACACACACACACACACACACACUCACACUCACACUCACACACUCUCACUUGUGUAGACCAAAGUUUUUGAGAUAGGUUCUCAUGUAGUCCAGGCUAGCUCUGUACUUUCUAUAUGACUGAGGAUGGCUUUGAACUUCUGGUCCUUCUGCCUCCACCUCCUAAGUGCUAGGAUUACAGGCAUAUGGCACCAUUCUUGUUUUAGUUUGUGGUGAGAACCAAACUCAGAGCUUCCUGUAUGCUAGGCUAGACUCCUGACAACAGCUAUAUUCUCAGAACAGUGAAGAUUUUUGUUAAGACUUUUAUUUUACUGUUAACUAAGUGAGAAAGACACACAUAAACAAAAUGUUUACAGUAUACCUGACAUAAGCAUGUGAAUGAUGAUUAACAAAUGGUCCUAACAUCCUUUUUCAGUCAAAAUAACAAAGGCAAGAUAUUUUCCUUUAACAACACCAAAAAAAUCAUUGAUUAAGGUAUUAAAUAGGUCUAACUAACAAUGAACUACUUUUAAUACAGUCAGAGAAGACCUUUGUUCUAAUUGCUUCACAAGAAAAUGCUCAGGUUGCUUUUGGCUUUUUUUACUUAAUUGCUUUGCUUCAUUAAAAAAAGAAUAUAGACUGAAAAAAAUCAUAAUUCCCUUCCAUCUUUGAAUUCCUUUCUAGGUUUUAUUUUGGAGAGUUAAAAAAAAAUUGUGGGAGUUAAAACAGCAAGUAGAGCUGAGUCAGGGGCUUGGAGCAAGGAAGUAUGUGAGCUUAUGUUUUAGACAAAGGUAAUUGUGAAAUCCAGUGUGAUCACAAAAGCAUACAAAGUCUUGUGAGUGGAAAAGGAAUGAAUUGACAAAUAACAGCACCAUGACUUUGGGCAAAACUCUCCAAGCCUCCGAGGCAAAUGACCAGUGAGCCAAGCUUCCUUAUUCUGCAUCAGUGUUGAUCUCAACUUCAUUUGGGAGCCCAGCGGCAGAACAGAGUUGACACCUCUGAAAACAAUAACUGGAAAUAAAUAUUGUUACUCUUUAAAAGUUGUUAAUAAAAAUCUACCUGUUUGUUAUCACCAGUUAGCCAUGUUGUUACACUAAAAUAUUUACUGAUUUUCUCCAAAGGGCUGUGUUCUGUAUUUCUUCUAUUUUGAUAGAGUUAACAAGUAUGUAUAGACUUAAGAAAAUGAAAUGCCUUCUAUAAACAUGUUUCCUCUCUCACAUGCAAACCCCGAAUUUUCUUUCUCAGAGUUUAUGGUUUCUGUCUCUAAAGCCAUCCUUCCCAGAGUUGAAGCCUUGCCAGAUCUCUCUGGGCCAUUUCUUUCCUCUGUACUGAACAUAUUAUACUCCCCAGGCUGCUCUUCAAGUUCAAAAGUAGUCACUGGCCUUGCUUUCUGAGCAGGGCACAGCAAGAUGAAGUGUGAAUCUGGAAAUGCUGCUGCCAUUUAUGAUGUCUAAGGUGUGUGUGUGUAUGUUUGUGUGUGUGUGUGUGUGUGUGUGUGUGUGUGUGUGUGUGUGUGUACUUAAAUAGUAUCCUUUUGUUGAUACCUGUCAAAUUUUUAAAAGAGAGAGGCUUCUCAUUCUCUGCUUAGGAGUCUAUAACGUGAGCUUUCUGGGAGGCUUAAAAUAUUUCUGUUCAACUCUAACCUCACUUGUAAAAAACAACUAUUUUACCAAAUGUUCUACCAAGAUAUGGAUCAAUAAUAAAUAACAAAUAAUGCAGGCUGCCUGUCAUAGAGCAUAGUAGAUAAAGUCAUUUUUACAAACAUUCUUCUUAACACUUCAAGCUAAUAACAGAAGAUUUUGCAAAAGCAGCAUUCCACCUUCACUGAGCUACAGCUGGCUUUCAACUCACUGACCUUAGUGAGAAAUUACACUUUCUCCUCUAAUGAUACUGCAGCAAAUUACCACAACUUUACCAGCAUAAUUGGGAUAAAUUUAUUACCUUAAUGUUGUGUAUGUCAGAAGUGUGGUAUAGAUCUAGCUUACUGAAAAGGACUGGAAUUUGGGAAUUUGAAUCCUUUCUUUUCCAGUUUUGAAGCUCAUCUACACUCCUUGGCUUGACCCCAUUUCUCUUUAUCAAGGUAGAAACCUUGUAUUUAUUUGAACAUUUGUUUCAUAGACAUAUUUUCUUCUGACUUUCUUCUUGUAUAUCAUUAUUUAUUUAUUUAUUUAAUUUAUUUAUUUUUUGGUUUUUUGAGACAGGGUUUCUCUGUGUUACAGCCCUAGCUGUCCUGGAACUCACUCUGUAGACUAGGCUGGCCUCAAACUCACAGAGAUCCACCUACCUCUGCCUUCCAAGUGAGUGCUGGGAUUAAAGGCAUGCACCACCACCGCCUGGCUCAUACAUCAUUAUUUAUAAAGAAUUUGUAAUUAUUUUGUACUAUGAAAAUCCAUGCUACUCUCCGUCUUUACAUAUUCCUUGUUUAGCAAGCUUAAUUAUAUCUCUAAGUUCAAUUGAUUUCUCUAUGUAAUCUAAUGUACUCUUAUGUUCUAGAGAUUAGGAUUUGGACAUUUUUCGGUGCUAUUCAUUUGGCCUCCCAAGAUAGAGAAGUGUUUGUUCUAAAAACAGAAGCUAGUAAUUUGCAAGAAGUAAGUCUAAUACAGCUAAAAAAUUGAUAAAAGUCGGGAGUGUGAAAAGUUUCAAGAAACAAAUUUUCACCUGCCCUUUAAAAUAAAGAUUAAGUUAAGUGGUGGUGGCGCACGACUUUAAUCUCAGCACACAGGAGGCAGAGGCAGGUGGAUCUUUGUGAGUUCGAGGCCAGCCUGGGCCUCAGAGUGAGUUCCAGGAAAGGUGUCAAAGCUACAUAGAGAAACCCUGUCUCAAAAUAAAUAAAUAAAUAAAUAAAUAAAUAUAUAAAUAAAAUAAAAAUAAAGAUUAUGCUGACAAGCCAACAAAUUUCAGAAGUAUGUAACUGAGAGAAGAAAUGAGGCAACUGUGAUUUAGUCAAGAUAAUACCUGGAACUUACCUUUGUUUGUGAGAAUCAGAGCUGAGAAAGGAAAAUACAUUGGAGGUACGAUAGGUGUUAUAUUCAUUUGUUGUUGGCUAUGUAGAGCUGAAGGCAAGAUUGGAAGUUAUAAAUGAGCCGGGUAAUGGGGCAUAACCUUUAACCCCAGCAUUUGGAAGGCAGAGGCAAGCAGAUUUCUCUGAGACAGGCAAGCCAGCCCUGUCUGCAAAGUGAGCUCUAGGACAGCCAGAACUGUUACACACAGAAAACUUGCUUUGAAAAACCAAAAGAAGCUGGGCGGUGGUGGCGCACGCCUUUAAUCCCAGUACUCGGGAGGCAGAGGCAGGCGGAUCUCUGUGAGUUCAAGGCCAGCCUGGUCUCCAAAGUGAGUUCCAGGAAAGGCGCAAAGCUACACAGAGAAACCCUGACUUGAAAAAAAAAGAAAAGAAAAACCAAAAGAAACAAAAAAAGAGUGCAACUUAUUGCCUGGUUCCUGUCAUAAGACUGUAGUCAAGUGAUGAUACCAUUUAAGAGAAUGUAUAGGCAGAGCAUUAAGAUAUGGAGGCAGGGAGACUGGUUGCCAUUAGCAACCAAACAAUUUUGAAUCCCAAUUUUAUCAUAAACAGAUAAUGACAUACAGUCACUUGAUAUAAAAAAUAUGUGAGAGGGAAUAAAGUUGGACAAUGUCCCAAUAUCCAAGUGAGAAUAUAGUCAUAAUAUUUUAUAUAUAAUAUAUCAGAAUAUAUUUGUAAUACCUUGGUGCAAGAUUUCCUUCUGUACUAUUCUCUACCUGUUCCAAAUGUGUAAAACAUUCAGUGGAUUGUCUAAAUAAUGAAGACAUACUUGGGAAAUUAUUUAAUAAACAUAUUCUCUCAGUCUUUUACUUCAAUAUGAUUAGUGAGUGUUAUCUAUUUAUGAGGUUCUGUUGAGAGUUCUUUAUAUAAAAUAAAUAUAGUUUAUAAAUAUGUAAGAUGAUCAGUCAUAUAGAGCAAGAGAGAAGUUCUUACUGCAAAUAUGGAAGUUUCUGGAAGUAGUAGUAAUUGAGCACAAAGAGAUGAGAAGUGAAGAUAGACUGGUAGAGGGAGUCCCCAGAGGAAAGGACAGCUUGAUGAUGAUACUGAAAUACUUUGCAGAGCAUGAUUAUGGGAAGGCAUGGCAUGGCUACAGCAUGGUAGUGGCUAGAAAGGAGUUUUGAAACAGGCAACUGACAACAGUGUAAUCUAUAGCUGUAGAUAAUUUUUAACUAAUUUUUGAGGUGUCACACAGAACCCUCCUUAUUCUUACAGGCUUUGUUACCAUUAGAGCCCUCAGCAAGUUCAUGAAUCACACACUUACAGCUCUUGGAAUAUUUCUGUGCACCUGUAUUUAAGGGCUGGAAUUUGAAAUUUAUUUUGGAAUCAAUGCAUCGCUGUCACUGUGCUCUUUGUGAAUAUGUGUGAGAGGGCCAGGGCAGUGCCAUUACCCAACCCUGCUUAAUGUCAGUUGCCAUUUGCAGUGUCGAAGAGGGGCGGGGUAGUGAGAGGAAAAAAAAUGAAUGAGUUGUGGAACAAAUGGGGUUAAAGGUGAUUGAUGGGGUCUGAACUGAGGUGGUAAUGUUAGGAAGGAUGGUUCAGAAGUGAAAAUCAGAGUCAAAAUGUCCCGGGGUCUAUUCUUUGGUGAUCCGUACAGAGCAAGGCCCACAGUAGAUGCUCAAUCAAUAAACUGAUGACGACUUUGAGAAUUGAACUGGGUAUGGCAGUUUAAAGGACAGAAAUAAAGGUCACUUUUAGAGCUCCAGUGAUGGUGUCUACAAUGAUCACACUUCUGAAAGAACACGCAGGAGAAGAGCUUCUGUCCUAGAAGGUACUCAGUUGCAUAGCAAGCAUGUUUUUUGGCAUGGAGAGGCAGGAUGAGAAUUAUAGUCCUGAAGAGGAACAUGAAAACAUUAAACUGUGUUUCAGCCAGUGAAAUUCAGCAAAGUAUGUAGUAUUGAUGAAUAUGGUAACCCCUUGCCAAACAAAUGUCAAAUUACUUUGUGCAUGCCAAAUACUUUACAGAUGAAGAAACUCAGAAGCAGGGAAGUGUUUUGCCCAAGGUGAAGCAACAAGUGAUGCACAAUGUAGUUUAGAACAGAAAGGACACCCUGCCCCCAUCCGAUGCUACUGCGUGGCCUCCUCUCCAUUUCCACCCCUGUGCUUCUGCACUCACGACUGCCUGCUCAAGGGAACCAUGUCAGCCUCCUCUCUAUUCCCAAAUCAGAAUGUGCACAUUAGGACUGCACAACACUGAGGGUUUCAAGAGUGCCCUUUCUACAACAUAAGACACAGUACAAAGAGACUGGUCCUGCUGAGAACACCGAGCUGAAAGCCACUAGGUUUAUUUUUUUCAAUUUUAUGGGUUUUAGCUGAGCCAUUCUGACUUGUCUUCUUUCUUUUCAGUGAAAUUGUUAUGAAACAAGCUGUAUUCUUCCAUUCCAAAUAACAUAGAUGACAUAAAGCUAAUGGAUUUUAAGUGGUGCUUUGUGGAGCCUGAGGCUUUGGGGUAGACAUGCCAGGACUACUGUGAAGGAAGCCCUGCUCUAGUUACAUCAAGAUCCCAUAGCCAUUAAUCUGUUUUAAUAUCGGAUUUCCUCCCAUUUUAUAUAUACAAAGGGGCUCUUAUUUCCAGAAUAUUUGAAAACCCCAGUUAGUGGUUAUUAAUCUGAGGUCUACAGCCAGCACUUCAGAUUUUACCCUUUAAAUUUUUGAAUUCCAUUAAAGCAUUUCAGGACUCAUUGUUUCAGAGGAAUAAAUCACACAAGUUCAAUUUUACCAUAAAAGUACCUUGGGGCCCUUGAGCCUGUGGUGAGCAGCAUCUCAGGCCUCUGCCAGCCCAGUUGCUUUUGCCUAAGGGUACACUGAGAGGAGUGGAUUUUAUGUUUUCACUAGUGAACACCAGGCCUGCCAUAGAGCAAAGAGAUGCAGCCAGGCUUGAGACAUUUAUUCUGCAAGCAAUACAAAUAUGUUCAUGUAUUUUCCCCUCCAUUUGCAUUAUUUUCUAUUCUUAAUUUGUAAGUCAAGUUCUUAAUACAAAGUGAUGAUUCAAAAGGCCCACAGGGUUUAUUAGGAAGUGCUUUGAUAUGGUGGUAAGUUAAAAGUCAGUGUCACCAUACACAUGCAUAUACACACCUUAUAUAGCCUUUCUCUUAAAAACUAUGUUUUUCAUAUACCUAGUGGAAACAGAUAUUAUUAAAAAUAGUUUUUGAGCCACAGUAAUGUCUUUUUAUAAUAAACAAGAACAAGUUCAGUAUUUAGGUUGAAGAGUCAAUCAUGUUAGUUAGUGCACUAGGAUAAAAUGGUCAAAAUAUAGGUUAUAAUGGUCUGGGUGCCAACCACCAGUGAGCAGAGAAAGUUGGUUUUUUUGUUUGUUUUUGUUUUUUAAUGGUUUUAAUAGUCCUCUAAGCUAAUCAGAGUAACUUCUUAUAAACACAGUUUAGUUUAUAUACUUUCUAAGGUUUCUAAAAGAAAACAGCUUUAUCUGUCUUAUUUAUAUUGUUCCUGUUUUAUGUAAAUACUAGGUAGGAAAAGUGUUCAGUAUUUUUAAGUGUAGUGAUACCGUUGUGAUUUUCUUCUUUGCACAUUGACUCUGGAUUUGUGUCUCUGACUCUACUCCCACUUCCAGUAAUUCCAAACGAGGCAAGGUUGUAUAAUAAAACAGGACAUUUCUGUGCAGGUCUAUUUUUGUUGCCGUUGUUCCUCUUUUGUUUGCUUGUUUUUAAACAGUGUCUCACUAUGUAGCUCAAGCUCUCCUGGAACUUGCUAUGUGUUCUUGACUGGCCUGGAACUCAUGUUCCAGCAUCCCUGCUGACACGAUUACAGGCUGGUGCCCCCAUGUCCAGCUCGUUUUCAACUGAAAAGCUCUUCCUUAUGAUCUCAUAGCAAGUCUCUGAGAGAAUGGAUAAUGGUACUUGACUCCACGGUCACCCAGAUAGUAAGGCUCCCAGGUGCCACAUGAGUGAACAGCAAGGUUGGGACUGCUGAUGCCCAUGGGGGGCCUAGCCAAGACUGCCUGUGAGCUUUCUGCCGUCAGUGGAAUGAACCCACAAGGUAUACUAUGUCUUAUCACUGAAGAUACACUUCCUAAAACACAGUGCUAUUCCACAGAUUUAACCAGACAACAAAAUUAAUUGAUACUGAAAUUUUAGAUGACUAUUUUCCAAGAUGAGUUAACAUCAAUUCUAGGCUGCAGUUGAAGAUCCUUCUUUUUGAGAGUGGAGCUUUGUGUAUAGAUCUAGCUCAUUAAUAUUUAUGACACUUUUUGUUGUUCUUGUUCUUUUGUUCCUGAGAAAACUUAUUUUUAUUCUUAUUGUGUUCUUAACUCUAAAUGUGAUUCAGCAUUUUAAAAAAAAUCUUUGUUUUCACUUUAGUGUCUCAUAAGCAAAAUAAGUGGAUGUUUGGUAUCAUGAAUAUUGCUGAGAGUAAACUGAUUUCAUUGUCCUUGCCUAUCUUUUAAGGAUACUUUCUGGUUCUUUGUAAGUGAAUUGACAGUGUCCAAAAACCCAUUGGGUGCUAACAACAUCGCCAUUCUGAUAGUCAGCUGAAGUAAGGCCUUAUAGGAGGUAAAGCAUGCACUCUUCUCCCUGCUUCUGAAAUCUAAUGGCUCCAUGUUGGCUUCUCUUGGAGAAGCACAUGGGUCAAUAGGAGGCGGAUCCACUCCUUCAUAUCUUCAUCUUCUACCAGGUAUGCUGCAAUGACAGAUACAGUCAUUCUGUAAGUACUUGUAAAUCCAAAGAAAGUGAUCCCAGUGAGUACAAAUUGAUAAAGGAUUGGUAUAAUUCAUACUCCACUCAGGACAUGUAGAUAGCUGGCAUUCUGUUGGAUUGUUAUUUGAUCUAGUUUGGUCCAAAUUAUCCAAAUCUCCUAAGUUUAUUUUCUAUUUGGUUUUCCAUGGUAUUAAAACCUUGUUGUGCUUUCCUUUGAGAUUAUAGCAUUUAUUUGAUGUCUCUUAAUGAAAUUUCACUUACAUAUUAAUUUUGUGUCAGACCACUAAUAAUUGACUUGAAAAUAGAAUUUACAAUUUUCAUUCUUUUUUCUUUUUUUGAUAAUAACCCAUUAAAACUUAAUACAAAAUUUAUUGAACCUCUUCCUGUGAUUCAAGGAACAUCUGACUACAUACGUGCGAACCAGGCAUUCAUGAAAGAAAAAAGUAAAUACAGAGUGUGUAAGAUGGCCUGCCUCUACUGAGUGUACCAGGCUCUGCUGACUCCCCAUGGGAGGCCAUACCUUGUUGGAGGAGGGAAUGGGGUGUGGGUUGGGGGAGGUGAAGGCUGGAGGGGCAGAAGGAGGGAAGAGAAGGGUUGGUAUGUGACAUGAACAAAAAAUUCCUUAAUAUAAAAAAAAGAUGGUAGCGUGGAGAAAGUUCAAGCAGUGUAGAGAGAGUAAGUGGGAAGAUGAAGGAAGGUUUAGACUUUGGGUGUGAGGUCUUCCCUGGCAGAAUGCUGCAGAAGAGACUCAAGGUGGUUGUGUCUGUGUUCAACCUUUCGAUUCUUAGAAGUCACUGUUCUUCUCUGGAGAUUUCUGUCUUCCUGCGUGACCUUUAUCAUCUCCUUCUUAGCGUAUGUCCCCCCUCUCAGCCACCUUAACUGAUUCAUUACUCCAGGGCUCAGAUUUUCUGGCUUUCACAGGAUGCCCUUGCUCAGAAAUGUUCCACAGCCCCCUAUUACAUAUCGCAGAAAUUCAAUUUCACCUUUAAUCUCUACUUCAGAGAAGCGGUCUGCUUCUGCUGCCCCGAAUAAACCAGGCUUGUGUCCAGUUCUGUGUUUGUGGUACUCUCCUUCUCCCCUGAGGUGCCACCAUUUGCCAGACGUUUUGUAUCCAAGUCUAAGAAUUGGAUUGAUAGUCAAAUGCAUUGUAUUUUAAUGCACAUAAAACUAACUUAGACCUGAUGACACUAACUGGAGACUAAGUCUAAGUAGAAAGUUAGAAUUUUGGGACGAAUGUCCUUUAGAGGUGAGUGUACACAAUAUUUUGGAGUACUGGAAUGUAAUUCAGUGUGGGAUAACAGGAAAGACUGCAAUAAAAUGAUUGGGAUCAGCUGUGUGUUUCCAAAUCUAUCGCUGUUCACCAGUGAUACUGCUUCCGGUCGGCUAAGAGUGAACUGAGGUUCACAAAGUUUUGAUUUCUUGUUCGUUGCCGUGGAAAUAUGCUGUGUCUUAUAUUUGCAUUGCUCACUUUCACUUUAUUACAUGAAUGCUAUUGUGGAUUCAUUCAUUUUCUAUUUUCUGGUUAGUGUCUUUCUUUCUUUCUUUUUUUACAAUAGGGUCUCUCCACGCAGCCCUGGCUGUUUGGGAAAUUGCAGGGUAGACCAGGCUAGCCUUGAAUGCACAAGGAUUGCCUAUGUCUGCUUCCCAAGUGCUGGCAUUAAAGGUGUGUGCCAUACUCCUACCUUAUGAUUAGGUUUUUAAUAUGUGCAAAGAUACCCCUUUUAUUGUCUUUUGCUCCUCUAGUCAGCACAUGGCUUUUAAAAUUCCCCUGUACAUAAAAUCAUAGUUCUUGUUCUCUAUCUCUCAGAACCCUUGGCACACUGCUCCACCUGCGUUCAAAGUCUCCUGCUGAUUGCUUUGAUGUGGAAGGCUUUAGAAAGCUGACAUUUAUGUUUCCUAAACUGUAGAGUUUGUGUGUUUCACUUAAUCCUGUCAGAUAUCAAAGGUUCUAUAAUAUCGUUUACUUGAAAUAAUAUCAGCGAGAACACUGUUGGCAAGCACACAGACUGGCUUGCACUGUUUACGCCACCGUCCCCCUGCCUUGUACGCAUUUCCUCUCCUGCGUCUGGCAAAAUAUUAAGAGGAAAUGUCAGCAUCUCUUGAAACAGACAGUUUAUUAUCAUAUUUUAACUUUUUUGAGUUUUGAAAACUGUUUUCUGUUUUUGAGAUUUCCUGGGUGCAGCUUCCCUGUCAUACAGAGAAGACAGUCUCACAGAAGGUGUGCUGUUCCUCUGGCUCUCACAGCAUCUCUGAUACCUUUUUCUGCUGUGUUCCCUGAGCCUUAGAUGUAGGCAUUGUCCUAUAGAUGUGUCCAUUGGGUUGGACACCACAGUUGAUUAUUUUCUGCAUUUUAACUCUUCAAUGCUACUGUCUUCUGAAAAGAAUAUUUUUUGAUAAGGAAUGAGAUCUCCAUUCAUCUGUGAGUAUAAAGAUACGUAUUUAGAAUGCAGUUAGGAAUUAAACUGUUUAGGAACAUGGCAGUAGUAGAUUCUCCUCUAUGUCCAUGAUCCACAGGUGAUUGGCUGCAUUUACAAUAAGCAGAUGUACCACACUUUUGAGCGGGCCUUAAGUCCAAUUAUAACAGCUAAUUGCCAUCAAAACACAAGAGCCACUGUUGUUCCCUUGGGGAUAUCUUGCCAUGCUGCUACUUUUUGUGGCUAGUAGGUUUCACAGGUGGGUAGAAUUGUUGGUUGACUUUUGUCUCUUGGCAGCCUGCAUAGCACCUUCAGCUAUCAUGAGAUCUGCCCUCAGGGAGGAGAAUUUCGGACUACUUCCAGCUGGAUUCCUCAAGUCCUUUGUGUGAAGUAUGUGAUGUCUUCUGCAAUAGGACCUUUCCUUGAAGUUCUGGGAGGGAACCAAAGUCAACAUUCAUAACCUAUUUUAUUUUGGGAUACCCUUCAACUGCCCUGACCUGUUAACAACUCAGAGGGAGGUUUCCCAGGCCAGGCAAGAGCACUUUUGUAGAUAGUUUAUGGCUCUAGGAGAAACAUUAUUAUUGUCACUCCAGACUCCUGUGUGUGUGUGUGUGUGUGUGUGUGUGUGUGUGUGUGUGUGUGUGUAUGUACAUAUACUUAUUAUGUAUAUGCUUUUAAGUAAACAAAAUACUGUUUCCCUUGGUGUUAUUUGUCCUUCUUCUGUCUCCCUCUGUAUUUCCCCCAUUUCCUUAUUACCCCAUUCUUAGAACCUAUGUUCUACUAUCCCUCUUUCUAGACCCCUCCCUCCACCAUUGCCCCUCUUUUUUGGUUUCUGAAGUUACUCCAGGUUAUUACACCUAAAGAUUUGGAGCUAGGUUAGCCACAUAAGAGAAUAUACAUGGGUUUGUAUUUCUGGGUGUGGGUUACCUUACUCAGUAUAAUAUGUUUUCAUCCCAUUCAUUUAACUGCCAAUUUUAUGAUUUCACUUUUUCCCGCAGCUGAAUAGAAUUCUAUUGUGCAUAUGCUCCACCUUUCAUUAGUCCUUCAUCAGUUGAAAAAUAUUUAGUUUGUUUCCUUUCCUCGCUAUUGUGAAUAAUGUGACAAUGAAUCUGUGGAGUAGGAAGGGUGUCAUAGUUAUUGGGCAUUUGCUAAGGAGUGGUAUAUCUAGGUUACAUGGUGAAUAUUUUAGACCUUUGUUUUAGAAAUCUCUACACUGUUUUCAUAGUGCUGGCACUAGAUUGCAAUCUCACUAACGGUGAAUGAGAGAUCUGCACAGACACCAGUCAACAAACUAAAAUAGAUGGGAAAAUGUCACAAGGGCCCUCAAUAAUAAUUAAACGAAAGGUUACAAAUUUGAGAGGAAGUCAGGGGUCAUGGGAGGAAUUUGAAGGGGCAGGAAUAAUGAAAAUACAGUAUUCAUGUAUGAAAUGUCAAAAAAAUUAAUUAAAAAUGUUUUAAUCAACUUGUUUACUUAAUAGCCUUGGGUAGUUGGCUAGAUUUCCAGUACCAAGCAUAAAUUCCCUCCUGUUGAGUGGGUCUUAAGUCCAAUUAGAGAGCUGCUCGUUAUGGCCAGGGUAUAUAUUGCUACUACUGUACCUUUAUAGUUAAUCAUACUGUGCUAGUUAUUUUUAUGGUUCAUACCCAUAAUAGCUGGUAGGACUGUUGAUUGCAUCCAUCCUUUGGAAGUUUGCAUGAAGCCUUCAGGUGCCAUGAAAGAUAGUCCUCAGGGAGGAGGCUUUCAGGUCAGUUCUACCUCAAGAGUCUCUUAUUUUUAUACAACACUGUCAACUGGUGGGAAGGAGAUUUUGUUGUAAUAAUUCUAGGCUGGGAAAGAAGUAGGCCUCAUGGCCUUAAAAUAUAGAAUAUGAGAGUCUGUAGACAGAAGUUUCUCAUCUACCUGCCUGUUCCCAAGUACCCAGCAGCUGCUUUCAAAAACUUGACUCCAAGCCUCAAUAUUACUUAUAAAUGCUUGGCCGGUAGUUCAGGCUUAUUACUAACUAGCUUUUACAUUUAAAUUAACCCAUAAUUCUUAUCUAUGUUUAGCUACAUGGCUUGGUACCUUUUCUCAGUGUGACAUUCUCAUCUUGUUUCCUCCACAUCUGGCUGGUGACUGACUCCUUGACUCCACCCCCCUUCUUCCCAGAAUUCUCCUACUCUGGUCACCCCACCUAUACUUCCUGCCUGGCAACUGGCCAAUAAGUGUUUUAGUAAACCAGUUUGAGUGACAAAUCUUUACAGUGUAUAAGAGCAUUAUCCUGUAGCAUUUCCCCUUUUUUGUCUAAUUAAAAAGGAAGGUUUUAACUUUAAUAUUGUAAAACAAGAACAGUUAUUAAGAAUUACAGUAACAAUAUCCAAUUCAUUUGCAUUUGAUAAAAUUAGAAAAAAUACUUAAUUAUCUUAUUUUGGUGAGUCUAAAGUUUUGUAUUUAAUUUAUCUUUUACUAUAACUAAAGAAAACUAUAGCUAUCUAGUCUUCAACUCCAUCAAAGACUCCAGAAGGAUGUAAUGUUACCUAAUGACAGGGUCAUCAGGCUGCCUGGACAGUCACGCAAAGUUCCUCUGCUCCAUGUUUUUAUUAUUAAGACCAAUUAGAAUUCACUCUACAGGAGUCUGGGAGUUUAAUCAAGACCAUGCAGUGGAAGACCCAUCUUUUACGAUGUACACCCCUUUGUUUUAUCUCCUUAAGCAUUUAUUUGACACCGCCACUCUGCUGAAUUAUCUGAUUGUAUGUGUGUGUGUGUGUGUAUUUUGGUAGUACUCUGUUGGAUAGUCUAACCAUGAACACUUCAGAAAUUAUAGUGGAAUCUUGCUCUUUCAGAUUAUUGAUGUGGAAAUUGACCUCCAUGCCUGUGUUUUGUAGGCUUAGAAGUAUGUAGAAAACCGGUACUAACAUUUAGCACAUUGCAUCAGAGUGUGCUUCCUUUAUGUUGGUGUCUGUAGCUUAAUCUUCAUUAUUUGUGUAUCUGCUUAGCAGUGCUUUGGCAAAUACAACAGAGAAAAUGCACCCUCUUCUUCUGAAAUUGUGUCUGACUUCAGAAGUCUUAACUCACAGUUUGACAGAUGUUUUCUUUGUGUCAUCUAUAUUAAGAAAUAAUUUUUAGUCUGUCUUCAAGAAUCUAGAAUUUUCUUCUCAAAAAGGGUGCUAUAUUCACAAUCCAGGAUGCUUCCUUUCAUGUGAUAUGCAGAAGAAAAAGCUUUUAUGGAAAUUGUUUUUUCCGUUUAAAAAAUAGACUAAACUGUACAAUAUAUUGGCUGCUGGCUUAUUGUAUACUUCAAAAUAGUAGUGUAUGGGGAAUAACGUAAGAAUGUUUUACAUUAAGUAAUAUGUUCCAUUGACAAUUUCAGAUUUUUAGAUAUGGUAAUUUGAGUCUUAUAAUAAUUCAAUACUUUUCUUACAGAAGGUUAUACCAGAAUUUAAUAAAGUAAACUAUACCCUGUCUUUAUUUUCCUAUUCCAUAUGCAGCCAUUUUACUUUUUAUGGCUACACAUCAUAAGAAAUGUGUGAUGUUUGGAAACACAAUGCAGAUAGUUUAUUAUUAUUUUUUGUUUGUUUCUUUUUUUUAGAGACUGGGUUUCUCUGUGUAUUUUGGUGCCUGUCCUGGAUCUCACUCUGUCAACCAGGCUGGCCUCAAACUCAUAGAGAUCUGCUUGGCUCUGCCUCCCGAGUGCUUGGAUUAAAGGUGUGAGCCACCACCGCCUGGCAUGCAGAUAGUUUAUAAAACAAGAAGUUUGAAACAUCUAUCCUUCUUAGGGUUGUGAAGUAAGGCACUUCCUCAUUCUCAUGCAUUAGUUUUAAAGAGUUCCAGAUAGGAGGGGCAGUUGUCUGCAUUUAAAACAAUGAAACGAGUUAAAAAUCUCUGAAUUACAUUGAAGGCUGUAAGAAAAUAUCUCUGAAAUGGUAAGUUCAAAGAGAAACAAACUGCAGUAGGAAAACAAAAGAGAGCAAGGGUAAAGAAAAAAUACUCAAAGAGAGUAGAAGAAUUGUAUCACAAAGUUGCUAAGACUUUUCAUGAGUAGGACCAAAAGUAAUUGCAACUUAAUAGGAGGAUUUUAUUUUCAAGUCAGCAAAAGAUUUAAACCAAAUGCAAAUCAAGCAACUGCUGGACAUUACUGUAUGACUUGUCAAGCCCACGUUUGAAUCUGUAGUUUUCCAGUCAAAGUUACAGUAAAAGAUGUCCUGUCAAUUGGUCAUCUUCUCCAUGAUUUUCAAUCAUUGUGAUAAUUAUUUUCAUGUUAGCAUCAAAUUCCUGGGAGAAAAUUUCCUGCAGUGAAUAGUACAGUAUAAGUUGUUCAGUUUGAACAUUUUGACUGUUGUAUAUGCUUUUAAAUUAACAAAUUGUGUAGUGAAGGUAAGGAAUCUUCCUACUACCAGUAGAUCUUUGUAUCCCUUUGUCUGUCAUCUGUCCUUUAUUCCUCCCUCUACCAGAAAAGUCGCUGUUUGUCACCACAGAUUUGUCUUCAUUUUAUAUAAUUUGAGUUACACGGUGAGUUUCAUCUUUGGCUUGGUACAGUGAACGAUACAACCAUAGGUUUGUUCAUACCUGCAGUUUAUCCCUUUAAGUGUUGUAUAUCGUGGAUUUUAUUUAUAUGUUUAUUUAAUCCAUUUCAUGCUGUUGUUAAUAUCAAGCUUGGCAUUUUUAAUUCUUUUUAUUUUAUUAGUGCUUACAAUAGUUCUAUACAUAACAUAAAAGUCAGUUGCUUGAUGACCUUGUGAAAACAGGUGUCGGAGAGAAGUUUCAGGAUGAUUCUUAUAGCAGUACUUAAGUGCUGAAGUGUAGCUUGAGUUUUCCUGCCUGGCCCACCGUCAGGACAAAUCUCUCUCACCUGCCAGUCCCACAGCCGCUCAGACCCGACCAAGUAAACACAGAGACUUAUAUUGGUUACAAACUGUAUGGCCGUGGCAGGCUUCUUGCUAACUGUUCUUACAGCUUAAAUUAAUCCAUUUCCAUUAAUCUAUACCUUGCCUCGUGGCUCGUGGCUUACCGGCAUCUUCACAUGCUGUUUGUCAUCUUGGCGGCUGGCAGUGUCUCUCUGACUCAGCCUUUCACUUCCCAGCUUUAUUCUCCUCCUUGUCCCGCCUAUACUUCCUGCCUAGCCAAUGGCCAAUCAGUGUUUUAUUUAUUGACCAAUCAGCAACACAUUUGACAUACAGACCAUCCCACAGCACUGAAGUUUUCUGUGUGUUAGAAGUAGCAAGGUCAGCCUGGCAGUGGUGGUGCAUGCCUUUAAUCCCAGCACUUGAGAGGCAGAGGCAGAUGGAUCUCUGAGUUGAAGCCUAGCCUGGUCUACAAAGCAAAUUCCAAGGACAGCCAGGACUACACAGAGGAACCCUGUCUCAAAACACCAAAAAAAGUAGCAAGGUCAAAGAUCUUUACUGAACAGCUACCUUGUCCUUUUAACCCAUCCUAGGUUCCUUCAUACUGCAUGUAUGCUUAGAUUAACUAGAGGCUAACUAGAACUCUAAUACAACCUGUUUAUUUGAAAGGAGAGGGCAGUCCCAACUGGUGAAGAGACUUGCCUGCAGGGAAGUAACCAGUCGUCACCAGUUGCCUUAAAGAAAAUAAAUAAAUAAAUAAACUAACAAACAACCCAAAUGAUAUGGAAGUAUUUUCCAGUUAGCUAAAGAAAAGAUUAACUAGAAAAUAUCACCUCUGUCCAUUUGAAACAUUUUUUAUUCAGUUCUCAGAUACCCCAUAAAAUUAUUUCUUAUGUUUUUGAUUGAAUGUGAAUUAAGGUCUGCUGUCUUACAAGAUCAUGAAUCACUCUUAAAGGAUGCAGGAGGUAUAGAAGCUUCCAUUGAACUGGGGGGGGGGAGCAAAGGAAUAAUUGUUAUUGACUUCUUUGGCUGUUUACUUGUAGUGGUCAGAACUCUGUCCAAGUCAGAAUAUUUGACUAGUUACUGACUUUCCACAUUUACUCUUGAAAAGCAGUAUUAAUUACCUUGGAUUAUGAUAUUUAUGUAGGGGAGGGUGGAUGAGGCGUCAACCUGAAGGAACAACAACAGGUAAUUUUGUAUUUCUGGGAAUAGCAUAUUCUCAGGAGAAGGACAUGAAACAUCUAGUUCCUAGUAGUAAAAAUCUUAUCAUGGUGAUAUAAUUUACCUCUUAAAAUUUCUAUUGUUAAAUUUUCAGUUAAUUUAAAAAGUACAAUAUUUUUCUAUUGAUAAUCCCUUCUAGCAUAUUCUCUAGUACAAAAAUCUCCUUUUUGAUGAAAUGUAUUUCAUUAAUAUCUAGGCAGUUAUAUAACUACAUAGGGAACCCAAUAUUACAUUUUCAUUAUCUUUGUGUUAAUCUUUAUGGACUAAAAUAAUAAAUAUUUUUCACAUUCAACAGGCCUUAGAUUCUACAAAAUAAAUUUAAAUACUGCAGGGCUGCUUGUAUUAUCCCAACUAUUUCUAUGGCUGCAGAACAUGCUAACAAAAUAUUUCUGUUUAUAUGAAAACCAUGUAUGUAAAAUAAUGAGUUCCAAGUUCCAAUAGUAAGGGAGAAAUGUUGAAAUGUUUAAUGAUUCAACUUGAGUUCAUUUUGUUAAAUGAGAGUAAUAAUUAUCUGACCACUAUCUCAAAACUUUGAGAGUGAGUCACAAUUCUAAUAUAUUAAGUGUUGAAAAGCACUCAAGGUGUGAAGUGCCGUACAAACCUUAUCAUCAAUGGAAUUGUGUAUUUACCAAAUUUGCUCAGUACUAGCAAUUGAUUUCUUGACCUUAUAUUUAUGUUGCUGAUAAGUACAAUACUUUGCUACCUAAUCAGAAGUCAGGUUAUCAAACUAUUUAAGAAGUGCCCCAUAGUAAAGCGUCUUUCUUAAUACUUACAUGAUGUCAGAAUACCUUGGAUGCUUGUGCUGAUAUGAUCUGUAAUGUGACUACAAGUGCAUGAUAUGUAAGACGUGCAUAUGUAAUAUGACAUGUGUUUAAGUUUGGAACAAUCAUGAAGAUGAUUUACAAAGUGAUCUCAGGUUCAACAGCGCUUCGGUGUUCAUGUUUUCUCAGUAGCUUAAGAAUUCCAUGUUGAGAUAGUUUUGAAAAGACAAAGCAUGGUGUUACACAUCUAACGUUAACACUAGAGGUAGAGGUAAAAGGAUUUGCAGGGCCAGCCUUGGCUAUAAAGUGAACCCAAGGCUAGCCUGGGCUGCAUGAUUCUGUCUUAAAAUCCAAAAAAAUAUUUUGGAUAGAUUCAACAAUUGCAGUUACUAAGCUAGUGCUCUGGGUGAAUAAGUUGCUCUGUAUCUGGCUAAUGAUAAUUAUUGUUCUCUCUUUGAUGUGACCAAGUGAAUCUUGCACUAAUGUGUAUUAUUUUGAGAGUGGGAGAAAUAUGUGCUAUGCUGGGAAUGAUUAAUGAUCUGCAAUACUUAAAGAACCUGAUAUUACUCAUCCUUAGUGGUACUGAUUGCUGGACUCCCAUUAUCUGAGUAAUGACCUUUUGGUGUAGGAAAGAUCACAACUUCUGUCUAAAAUUGUAUUUAAGCCUUUGUCAUCUGACUACGCCAGCCCAAUCAAUGUCAUGUUCUACAUGAGGACCUUUUCACCUGCUGUUCCUUGUGCAUGUUUUCUCUCCAGAUAUUGUCAGAACACCCUCCCCUGCUCCAUUUUAAUCCCUGUGCAAAUGCCACCUUCUCGUACAGCCUCUCCUGUGCUCCGAAAUAGGAACACUGCUAGUAUCACUGCCCCCCGUUCUAUGACAUAACAAAUGAUAUCAUUUUCAUAGUUGUCUAUUUGCUUGCUUGCCCCCACCGUCUGAAGUGCUGUGCACAGCAGGGUUUUUAUUCAUAUUACAUACCUUUAUUUGCCUCCUCCUCAGCACUUAGAACAGAGCAUGACAGAACAUUCAUUGGAGCAAUGGGAUAAUAAAUGAAUAAGGAAAAGAAAGAAUAUGCUGAAGGUCCUUUCCUAUCCUAAACUUUUCAUAAACAUGUUUGUAUUAAAGUAAAACUUUGAGCUGGAGAUGUAGCUCAGUUCGUAGAAUGGUUACCCAGCAUCCAAGAGGCCUUAGGCUAGGUUCCCAGUCCCACAUGAACCAGGCAUAGUGAGGCAUGCUUGUGGUCCCAGCAUUGGAGAAGUAGAGGCAGGAGGAUCAGAUUUCAAGGUCAAGGUCGUUCUUAACUACAUUACAAGUUUGAGGCCAGCUUGGGCUUCGUUAGACUAUAAGUGGACAUUACCCAAAUACAGGCUGAAGAUAAACUUUUGCUUUAGAAGGACAUACACCAUCACAAAGUACACAAGGUUUGUCCCCCUAAUAAUAUACUUAGUUUAGUCAGAUAUCUUUAAAAGGUGUCAUACAUCAUUGUCAUAUGAUUUCAGUAAAAAGAAAAUUUUAUUCAGUUCUUGUUUUGAAUAAUAGCGGUCUGUAUAAAUAUUCUUACCUCUUCAGCAUUUGGGGAUGUUCCAAGUGGUACAGUUCUAAAGAAGAUCAGUGAGAAUUUCAGACUUUCAUCAGAUUGCAUAAUAAAAUAAUUAUAUGUGUUUAAGAACAAACACAAACACUUCCAUUCAUAUUCACUAUAAAGUAAAGAGAGAAAAGACAGAUGUGGCCUUUGCAGCUGGUGCGAUAUCCUGAGUGUCAUGGUCAGCCUGGCAGCUGUGGAGCAUCCCUUCUGUAAGGCUGAAGAAAGUAUUGAUUUUACACCCCACUUGGCUGUUUCUGCUGUGUCUGUAGUGACAGUAUUUGAGUUCUUUUCUUUCCUUGUCAUCCUAUCACUGUUCGCUUGACCAAGUCUUCGUUUACUACUGACAGACAAAAGUAUCAGGGAUUCAAUAAAUCAUUAUCAAUUUCCCUAAAUGGUCAAUACUUACUGACAGAAAAGGUUUUACCUCAACUGGACUGUAGAAUUUCCUUGGCUAGAAUUAUAAAUAAAAGCCCCUAAGGAGCAAAAUACUUUACAUGGAUCAUGUUUCAGUAUGUGCUAUAUUAUAAUGUUCUAACUAAAUAGAUUAAAAUACUAAAAUUUUGCAACAUUUGUUUAAGACAGUAGGGCUGGGGAUACAGGUCAGUGGUAGAGCAAUCUCUCCGCCUGCACAAAGCUCUGGAUUCUACCCAAAGGACCACAAGAAAACAAAGAAAACAAAUGACUUUAGCACUGGGUUAUUCCUUAUGUUGAGUAGAUUUUGGUGCAAUAAGACGACUCAGUGGGUAAAAGUGCUUGCUGUCCAACUAUGCGAGUCUCGUGCUUAGAGAUCAAUCCCUGAGAUCCAUGUAAAGUUGUAAGGAGAGAGCUGAAUUCCCAGCUUUAUCCUCCGCUCUUCAUAUGCACAUCAUGGUGCAUUCUCCCCCAACCCUGCACACAUCACACACACACACACACACACACACACACACACGCACACGCACACGCACACGCACACACACACACACACAGGGUGGUGGUGGUAAAUAAAUACAAUUUUAAAAAUAAUAAAAUUAAAAUUAAAUCUAAUUAUUAGAAUUUUGUACAUAAUCCAGUAAUAUAAAAUUAAAUACUCUCUCUCUGAAGCGGUAAUCUCCUUUGAGAAUGGUGCCUUAAUGAGCUGUGAGGUGAUAAUUAAGUAAAUUUUCCAGUACAAGAUUCUGUUCAUAUUUUUUUAGUUCUAAUAAUUCAGGAUAUGCAAAUAUUUUUCUUUUAACAUAUUGCAUGAUGAAGAACCAUAAAUUCCAACAGAAUCAUCACAUUCAUCUCAUGGAGACUGACAAUACAGUGUAUAUACUUGAUCUGAGCCUUGAAAUAUUAGUUGAUUUUUCUGAAGAACUCAUAGAAUAUUUCCAGUGUGACAGUCAAAAAGACAGUCACCACAGAGGACCAGAUGUCAGCGUUGACAGGUGUGGACUCUGUUCCCUUGAGUGUUCCACACUUUGUCCAGCAUCACCCAUUCACCUGUAGAAUUCCUCAGCUCCCCUCCCUCACUUCCCUCCCUCCCCCUCCCUCUGCCCCUCUGUCCCUCACAGUGUCACCUCCCCUUUGCUUCUCCUUCCAUUUGUGUGUGCCAUGUUUAGCUUCCCCCAGAAGGAAGGCACCUCACUCGAGGAAUUACCUCCAUCCGACUGGUGUGUGAGCGUGCCUCUGGGAUGUUUUCUUGAUUGAUCAUUGAUGUAGGAAAGCCCACCUCACUUUGGGAGGCACCAUUCCUAGGCAGGUAGGCCCAAUCCAUAUAAGAAAGGUAGCUGAGCAAGCCAGGUGUAACAAGCUGGUAAGCAUCCUUCCUCCAUGGUUUCUGCUUCAAGCUUCUGCCAUCAAGUUCCUGCCUUGGAACCUCAUACCCUCAUCCUAUGAGUGGGAUGUAUAGGCUAAGUAAAGCCAGUAAGCCUAUUCUUUCCCAAGCUGCAUUGGUAACAGUGUUUUAAAGCACAGCCUCAAAAAAGAGCAGUUAGAGCAGUGUGUCUGGGGAAGGUAGAGGACAACUUUCCUGAGUUAGUUCUCCUUUCCACCUUCUUAAGGGCAGGCUCUCUCUCAUUUCUGCUGCUGUGCUAGGAUCUGCCAGGGGACUGUCCUGUCUCUGCCCCUGACACCACUGGAGGAGUGCCACAAGCAUAAAUACAUGUCCAUCCAGCUUUCUAUGUGAGUUCCAGGAUAGAACUCAUGGUCAGGUAUGUGUGAGAAUAGUGUGUUUAACCACUGAGCCAUCUUGGUGGUCCUCUUAGAAUUUCUGAAGGCUUUGUUUCUGUUGUUACAAUAUUUAGGGAGAGUAUGCCAUUUUGUUUGACACGUCAAGGAAAGUUUCAGGCCUGAUAACUAUCAUGAAAGCCUAAGAGGUAAGCACAAGGCAAUAAAACGUUCUUUUUCAUAAUCCCAACACUGUUGUAUUUUGUCGUAGUGGAUUUGAAAUUCACAGCCUGGUAUGUGCUGUGCAAGCAUUCUCCCACUGCGUGCACAUCCCACCCAAUCUUGCCAGUUUUUAAGGAUAGACUCUCAUUCUGUGCAGUCAUGUCUGCUGCCAUCUUGGCCUUGAGGGGUUGAAAAGACAGAUGUUCCUCAGGGAGGGAUGGUGACUGAUACAUUAUGUACUGUCCAAGUAAAAUAAAAGUGUUGCUGGUUCUGCUUAA